AAAUAUGGAAUAUAAGAGAAAUUAAAACAAAAUUGUUUAAAAAAGAAAUUGUUAAAAUUGAAACAUAUUUCUUAAAAAAAAUUAUUUUUAACUUAAAACAUUUAACUAAAGAAUUUUAUUUUGUGCGUGUGUGCGUAUCUCCGACUGGCAGACAUAAUGGCAAUUAAGGAUUUAUUACAACUGACCACCUGCAGUGUUUUAAUUAUUGUGAGAUGUGCGGGCUAUGGAACAAAGGUUGAGUGAAUGGCCAAAACCUCCACCAACCACAGCCAACACCAACAACAGCUCAUCGAAUCAUCAAGGCCAACAGCAGCAGCAGCAAUCAACACAACAACAACAGCAGGCUCAGCAACAAACUCCAGCCAAUUCAACAACUUUAACUGCCAGUCAACAACAAUUAUCCUCAAGUCUUCCAGAUGCUGAAAAAACUAUAAAUUCCUUGGAAUACCAAGUCGAAGAACAACGUCAAUUGCGUUUGCAAGACGCCAAACAAAUCGAAGCCAAAGCGGCCAAAAUCAAAGAGUGGGUCAACAAUAAACUACGCGACCUCGAAGAACAAAAUCAAUUAUUGAGAGAACAAAAUCAAAAGUGCAAUCAACAGUUGGAAUUAUUAAAAAACUAUAUAGCCAAUCAAUCGAAUAGACAUAGUGUUAUAGGUCCCGUUAGAAAUAGUUUAAGUUUGGAUGUGCAAGAUUUUGCCGCCUCCAAAGAGAAUCGUAGACGUAGCGAAAGUUUAGAUACCCAAGAAAUCAUUAAUCGUCCCCUAACUGCCUCUUAUCCUCAUCAUCAGCAUAGAAGAAAUCUAUCCAUGGAGCCCACAGAGUUGGAACGUAAUCUUGUGGCGGCUGUAGAUGGUCUACAGUUAGCGCCACUGGCUAGCAUAUCAAAACAGGCGGCUUCGGUUAAGAACGGUCGACCCGAUAGUUCUGAUACCGACACGGCUCAUGAUUAUGCCGAAAUCUAUACACCCUCUUGUGAGAAAAUGCCAGCCUGGAUGAAGAAUAAUCCAGCUUUAAUGGCUAGUGGUGGUAACUCGAGUACUACCACUACCACCAGUGAAAUGGGUGGGGUUCCUAGGCCCCCUACACCUCCUCUACAUCGUUUUCCCUCAUGGGAGGCUAAAAUCUAUCAAGUCGCCAAUGAUGGUUUGGCGGGAGCUUCCGAGAAUGGUGGUACUUUAGACAGACAUUCUCAGCCACCACCUCCGCCACCCGAUAUUCAGGAAUCUACUACUAGUGCAGCAAAUAGUCACUCUAAUACCUUAAAUAAUACGGGAGGUCAUCAGGGUCGUCAUACGCCCGCUUCUCUGAAUGAGGGCACCACAACGCCCUUAACACCUCAACUACCUACAAGGCAACAGCAGACGGCCAGUGGAGGUUUCUGUGAUAUAUCAGUGCCCGUUUAUGCAACAGUUAAAGGGCGCGCUUCUCAAAUACGUUCCAUGCCCUUUACCGGCGACUCUAGCGAUGAUUCCAGCGAUGGUGAAGAUCAUGCCGUUAUGCUUACCCAUAAUUCACACAACUCUUCGAGUACCGAUAAUACAGAGACUUCAACAUCCGGUAGUGCUUCCAGUCCAUCAAAAAGUUGUAAAACUUCAUCAUCUUUAAGUCCCGCUAAACGUAGCGGUUCGGAAAGUCCUAAAAAUACUAAACCAAGAGUAAAUCAUCUGCAUCAACAAACUUCUCAUAAUGAGUUUAAUCAUCAUACCAUGCCCCUGCCCUAUACACACUAUCAAACACAUUUACACACUAACUCUAAUCCAAAUCUUCAUAAAUCACCAUCACAAACCAAUCCAGCACAAUAUCAUAGGCUUUCGUCUGCCAACAAUCAUCAUCUACGUGUCCCUCACCAUCCUAUGCGUGGCACAGUAAUUUCAGAUAUUUCAUUUGAAUCAGGCCUCUCCGACGAUUAUGCUCUGCCCCCCGAUGCGGUAUCGGAAUCCACUUGUCCCAUGGAUGCUAGCAUGCCCUCGCUAUUAAUGCGUCAAUCUUAUGUGGAUUCACCCAGUAAGAAAUUGGAGUCAUUGGAAAAGGCUGGUCAUUUAGCUAAGCUGGGUGGCAAAUUGAAGACCUGGCGUAAACGUUGGUUUGUUUUAAAGAAUGGCUCUCUCACCUACUGGAAGAGCCAGCAUGAUGUCAAUCGCAAACCUCAGGGUCAGAUUUUAUUGGAUGAAGUGUGUCGCAUUAAUAAAGCAGAGGGUGCUUCCACUUUUGAAAUUGAUACCGGUAAAAAAGUAUACUAUUUAACUGCUGAUUCCAAUGCCACUAUGGAUGAUUGGAUCAGGGUUUUACAAAAUGUGCAAAGAAGAAAUGCCACCAAAUUGCUGUUGAGUAGAGAUGAUCAAAAGCCCACUUUACAGGGUUGGGUUACUAAGGUCAAGAAUGGUCAUGCCAAAAAAUGUUGGUGUGUUUUGUUGGGCAAAAUGUUUUUGUAUUUCAAGGCACCCAAUGAAACUAAUCCUUUAGGUCAGAUAAAUAUGCGUGAUGCUCGAGUUGAAGAAGUGGAACAUGUUUCCGAUUCUGAUUCGGAAGAAAGAGAAGAUCCUCAAAGUCAAGCUCAUUUGACAGUAGCCAUAUAUCCGGCCCAUCAGGGUCCUACUUAUUUGAUAUUACCCGGCAAGGCAGAACGUGAUAAUUGGUUGUAUCAUUUGACAGUGGUAUCAGGUGGUGGACCUAGUGCUGGCUCUCAAUAUGAGCAAUUGGUUCAGAAGUUAAUGGAAACAGAUGGAGAUCCUAAUUGUGUUAUAUGGCGUCAUCCCAUAUUGCUGCAUACCAAAGAUACCAUAUCUGCUCCUUUAACAACUUUACACACCGAACCUAUGCAUCCAGAAGCCAUUAAACUAUUCAAGAGCAUUCAACUAUUUAUGUCUGUGGCAGUCAAUCAACCGGGUAUUGAUUAUCAUGUAGUCUUGGCACAAAAUGCUUUACAACAUUGUUUGGAUAUGCCCGAAUUACAAUCGGAAAUGAUUUGUAUUCUUAUAAAACAAACAUCUAGACAUACGGGCCAAAAACUUAGUGUUGGCGUCCAGGUAAACAAGAAACUGGGCAAGCAAACGCGCCAACUACUAUUAUGUGCCACGCAAAGUUUAUUUGCCUGUGAUACUCAACAAAGUGGUAAUGCUCAAGCCAAUGGCAGUUCACCCACCUCCCUACAGGCUCCUGUACCUCCUCCUAUUAUAGACUGCAAAUCAAAUCCUCCUGCCUAUUCUUUUGUUCAAGGUUGGCAGCUAUUAUCUUUAGCCGUUUCCUUGUUUAUACCCAAAUCUAGCCGUUUAUUAUGGUAUUUGAAAUUACAUUUAUCGCGUAAUGCUGAUUCUAAAACAGAAACGGGCAAAUAUGCCGCAUAUUGUGAGCGUGCUUUGGAACGCACCUUAAAGAAUGGGGGUCGUGAAACGAAACCUUCACGCAUGGAAGUUUUAUCGAUAUUGCUCAAGAAUCCCUAUCAUCAUUCACUGCCCCAUGCUAUACCGGUGCAUAUGAUGAAUACCACUUAUCAGGUUGUCUCUUUUGAUGGCUCUACCACAAUCGAAGAAUUCCAAAGCACCUUGGCCCAAGAGAUAGGUACUCGUGAUUCUUCUAAUGGUUUCUGUUUAUUUAGUGAUGAUCCUAUAGAAAAAGAUUUAGAACACUAUCUAGAUCCUUUGGCUAAACUGUGCGAUGUUAUAUCCAAAUGGGAGACCGCUUUAAGAGAAAAGGGUUCGGGUAAAUUUGAGAAUACACGCGUUAUACAGCUAACGUAUAAAAAUCGUUUAUAUUGGAAGCAUACGGUUAAAUUUGAAACCGAUAAGGAAAGAUUAUUGUUAUGCUAUCAAACUAAUAAUCAAAUUGUACAGGGAAGAUUUCCUUUAUCAAGAGAUUUGGCUUUAGAAUUGGCCUCAUUAAUGGCUCAAAUAGAUAUGGGUGAUUACUCGCAUGAAAAGUCUAAAAGUGCUACUACUAAUGUGGGCAUAAAAGCUUUGGAUAAGUUUUAUCCUUAUCGCUAUAGAGACGCUUUAAAUCCGGAGCAGUUGAAGGAUAUUCAAGAAUUAUUGAUUACUAAAUGGAUUUUGUUAAAGGGACGCAGUACUUUGGAUUGUGUGAGAAUAUAUUUAACCUGCUGCCGCAAAUGGCCUUAUUUCGGAGCCAGUUUAUUCCAGGCUAAGCCUAGGCACUCUGAUCAAGCCAUGGCCUGGUUGGCGGUAUCGGAAGAUGCUUUAAAUGUUUUGGAAUUGUCUUCUAUGGCACCCAUAGCCAGAUAUCCUUAUACUAGUGUUAUGACUUUUGGAGGUUGUCAAGAUGACUUUAUGCUGGUGGUAUCCAAUGAAGAUACUUUAGCUUCGUGUGGAACACAAGAGCAAAAAUUACUUUUCGCCAUGUCUAAGCCCAAGAUUUUGGAAAUUACUUUACUUAUAGCAGACUAUAUGAAUGCUUUGGGUCAUACAGUGCCCGGCACUCCACACAUGAAUUCCCUAACACGCAAUGGCUCGCAUAGAUCUUUAAGAACUCGACCUGCGGGAGGUACGGGUACCAAUACGGUAGUGGGAACUUUAUGUGGUAAUACUAUGGCUGGCAUGUCGACUAAUGCCACUACUACAGCUCAUAAUACUUUGAAUUCUCAUGCCACGCAUACACUCAACUCAAAUCAUUCACAUACAUUGAGUUCCUCACACUAUAGUACCGGUGAACAUGAACGUAUGGGCACAAUAGGAGGCGGAGGAGGUUCACGUUCCCAGGCCGGUUCUCAUCAAGGUACCAUGAACUCUAUGCACAGUCAAAGUCAUCAUAUACAUCAUCCUCAUCAACCGGAUAUUUUAAAAAGUACACCCGAUCAUCAGCGUAUAAAGUAGAUAGUUAGGCUACCCCCAACCCCCAUAAAAAACCACAGCCCCCAUAAAUUGUAAAUAUAUAUUCAACUUUAUAUAAUAUUAGACGAAAAUUUAAAGAGACUUUAAAGGAAAAAAAUGGAUAAAUGAAUGCCUAAAGGUAAAGGCAAAAAAAUUUAGAUUUAAAAA